ACACACACACACACACACACUGCUUUGGUUGAGGUAAUCAGAAAGCUUCUUGCUGCAAGUAAUCUGCAACAACCACAAGACAACCCCGCAGAGUUCCCUUGGAGGAGUUGCAGAGUUCCCCUGGGAUUUUUGUGGGCGAAAAAAACUAUGUCCACAAGUCUGGUGUUCAUGGAGGAAAGCAAUGAAAAGAAAGCCCUUGUAAUAAUAUAACCAUUAGAAGUCUCACUACACCUUGCAAUGAAAUGACUAUCCUCAUGGUGAGACAUAGUAAUGGCAGCAUCAGGCUUUGGGAAAGUCACAAGGGUAAACUCAACAAUACAUCCUCGCCCAUCUAAUCUGGCUUAAUUUCAAAUAAAGUGGAAUUUGUGAGAACAUGUGGAAAAGUUCAAGUUGUCUGAAUACCUCUGCAAGUCAUUCCAUCCAUCAUAAACCUACAUGUAUGUUUGUAUUAGAAAGUAUUUUUCAGUUAUUUGUCUAAAAUAAUCAGGAGCMUUGAUUUUAACAURAUCAAAUUCACUAUUGGAACAUAUUUAUCAGUUUAUUGUAACAUUUUGUCAAGUAAAGCAAAAUCCCUGUAGCGUAAAGCUGAAAAAAAAAAUAAAAUAAAGAUGUGAAACUAAYAAAAGUUUCUUGGAAAAAAAGCACAACUGAAAACACAGAAAUAUCAGUCAAAGGAGAUUACUGUAAUAUAAUUUAUUCCAGCYAUAAACUGAAAAGUGUAUUGUAAAAUUACGUAUUUUUUUCUGUCCUGUGAGAAAAGACAUACCAUCCAGACUUCCAUUAAACUGAAACAGAGGGAGCGGUUUUCCAGGAUCCCCUCUUUCAAAGGGAGGGUGAAACCUCCUGYUGCCGGGCUCAUGGCAGGGCAGGGAGCGAAGCAUUCCUCUCAUAGUUUUGGAACACCUCUCCUGCUUUUACAUACGUCAGAUCUGCUCGAUAAAAGGGGAUCGAGUCUAAAAGGAAGAGCUCACUGGCAGCUUUAGCCAAUUCUGAUCAGGAGAGUUGGUUUGGGAAGAUGUGGAAGAUCUUUGUAGCUGUGACCUUCUGCUUUACUCUGGUGUCAGCCUCAUGCCCAGAAGCCUGCCAGUGUCCUCCUGACGUCCCUGUUUGUGCAGCAGGGGUGAGUCUAAUGCUGGACAGCUGCGGCUGCUGCAAGGUCUGUGCACGGCAGCUCUACGACGACUGCAGCAAAACUCAACCGUGCGACACUGUGAAGGGACUGGAGUGCAAUUUCGGGGGCAAAUCGGAUUUAGCACCUGGCAUCUGUCGAGCUAAAUCAGAUGGGAGAAGCUGCGAGUUCAACGGCAGGAUGUUCCAGAAUGGGGAAACCUUCCAGCCAAACUGCAAAUAUCAGUGCACCUGCAUGGAUGGAUCCGUCGGGUGCGUCUCGCUUUGCACUCGUGACCUUUCAACGUACCGAGUGGGCUGUGAAAAACCGAGRAGGGUUAAAGUGAAAGGACAGUGCUGUGAACAACUCAUCUGCCUCGAUGAUGCAAACACAGGAAGGUCUGGGUCAAGGAAUCRCAGACGAAAGUACAAAGAAGACCCAUCUGAUGGUGACUUUUCUAACAAGAACGAUCCUCCACAUGUUUGGAGAGGAGAAUUAACAGCUUUUAGGAGACAUCCAAAGAGGCUUGAAACAGGAGUCCAGUGUCAGCCUCAAACCACAGCCUGGUCACCCUGCUCCAAAUCCUGUGGUCGUGGAGUUUCCUCCAGGAUGACCAACAACAAUAUCGAGUGCAAACUGGUGACUGAAACUCAGAUCUGUGAGAUCCAACCCUGCAAGGAAAUCCCCCAAAAGGGAGCUGGGAAAUGUAAGGGGAAGGCUGUCCUUCCAAUUCGGAUGUCCUAUGGUGGUUGUCAUAAUCUGAAGACAUUCCAGCCGAAACACUGCAGGUCCUGGUCAGACAACCGAUUCUGUCGGCCUCACAGGACCCGGACGCCAUCUGUCCGUUUCAAAUGCAAGUCUGGACAGACUUUUAGGAAGAAAGUAGUGAUGACUGGAUUUGGCCUGUGUGAUUUGGACUUCGCCAAGAGCAGUAAAAAGUUGCUCACCCUCUAUGGACGUUUUAAUACGAUUCAGAAACUCCAACUGUGAAUCUGAGAGCAAUUCGAAUAAAAACUAUUAUUCUGGAAUUAGCUUUSUGGCAUUGGAGAAUUGUGCUUUGCUUCUUUGUGAAACCUUUCAUGUUGUGAAAGUUUGGGUCUUUUUCUCUGAACUCGUCACUUAUAAUUCUUCAAACAUCAAUUUAAUGCUUAAGUUUCUGUCAUUGACAAACCAAAACAUGACACAUUGGCCAGUCCAGCAAGUAAAUUAGUAAGAUACCAACACAAUACCAAAGGCUUCUUUUCAUUUAUUUAAUGUGACAUUAUUCUAAAACUGACAAUCACACCAGUUUACAAGGCAAGAGAACGGAACGAUGCCAUUUCUCAAAAUACAAGAAACCAAAUGCAUCGAACACAAAACCACAAGUGCAGUUUUCCUCUGACUCUUAAUGGGACCUUCUUAUUUUAAAAGGUCAUUGCAAGAACACAGAGAUCUAGUAAACAAUAGUUUGAGGUUUUAGAGAUUAUGACGGAUAACAGUGACGGUAAAGGAUACAAAAAAAAAAAAAA